AUCCGUGAUGGUUCGGAUUUUUCCAAUUGGCGAAGAGACCAGGGGGAUCUUUUUUUUUUCGGGUUGGUCCGCUAAGGUAGGCGGGGUCAUUUCUGCGGGAUUACUUUUCCGGAGCCGCUUCUAAUUGGAUGGUGUGGCGCAAUGCGCGCGACCCUUUAGCUACCAAACUGUCAGGAAGGUAGACUCUUUCCUCUCCGUGCUCCCGCCCUUAAACUGAAACCCGGGAAGAGACUUCCGGGCUUGGCCUCCGCUAGGCGCCAUAAACUGGCCGGGCGAAUGGUGCCUUGCAGUUGGAUCGCUUAUCAGGCCUCCUCCGCCUCGCCUGAGGGUAGGGAGCACGGAUGUCAUUCACCUCGGACCUUCAACUCACAGCACAGACAAUCCACAAAUGCCUGUUGAAUAGGACAAAUAAAGAGCCGGGAUGGAGGAAAGCCCUCUUGUGUUUUAGCAACUGUCACCGCCUACUCCCUUCUUCUUCCAGGUCAGGGGGGGUGUGUCCAUAAGAAAGGGGGAAGCGAUUCUGCCGGCGUUCUCACGCCUGCCGCAUUUCCCUAGCACGGCCGUUAGUUUUUCGCGGAGUCUCUUUUCUUCAGGGUUGAUUCUUUAGGAAAUCACUUAAUCUUUGGCUUCAUUUUUCCCACAUUCUUUUCCUAACUAAUUUCCUGCAUUUCUGGAGACUGACAAAGACUGCAGAGAAGUGGUGUCGGGGGUGGCUAGAAACAAGCAAAGCUUCCCUCCCGGGGUCUCUCCUGGAGAAGAGUAAUCAAGUCGGCUACCAAAAUCAAUUGUUUUGAUCCCAAGCCCAGAGUUUCAGUGCUCUUUCACUUCCCAGUUCCACUAGAGCAGUGGGCGACCAAGAGUUAUGGAGAAACGCCUGCAGGAGGCUCAGCUAUACAAGGAGGAAGGGAACCAGCGCUAUCGGGAAGGGAAGUACCGUGAUGCAGUGAGUAGGUACCAUCGAGCUCUGCUUCAGCUGCGGGGUCUGGAUCCAAGUCUUCCCUCCCCGAUACCUAAUCUAGGACCUCAGGGCCCGGCUCUCACACCUGAACAAGAAAAUAUUCUGCAUACGACCCAGACAGACUGCUACAACAAUCUAGCUGCCUGUCUCCUUCAGAUGGAGCCUGUGAACUACGAGCGAGUAAGAGAAUACAGUCAGAAAGUCCUGGAACGACAGCCUGAUAAUGCGAAGGCCUUGUAUCGGGCCGGGGUAGCCUUCUUUCAUCUGCAAGACUAUGACCAGGCUCGGCACUACCUCCUGGCUGCUGUUAAUAGGCAGCCUAAAGAUGCCAAUGUCCGGAGGUACCUUCAGCUAACGCAGUCAGAACUCAGCAGCUACCAUAGGAAAGAGAAGCAGCUGUACCUGGGCAUGUUUGGUUAAAAAAGAAGAAUGAUGCUCUUCCAUUUGAACUUAGGUGAACCAUUAAAGACCCAUCAAGGGGAAACCUGAGCCUGAGCAAGAGAAAUUAACUGUAUACCUCUGACCCAGAUGGAUUUCUGUUUUGUUUACUAUUCUGCACAAACUUUGUAUUACUUAGACCAUCUGUGUCUGUCUUUUUUUUUUCCCUAUCCAUCUGUUUAUUUGCAUGACUUUCAAUAUAUGUUAUUGUUGGCAAUGUUUGCCUUGAAAAAUAACCAGAAAACAUUCAUCAGCUACAGGUGGAAUUAAUUGUAUUUCUAGCAUAGAUUUAAUGAUAGAUAUUGCUAGGUAUAUUCAUAUUCAGAGGACAAUGCUAACAGAGGAUGAAAUGGUAAGGAUAAGCAGAAAGCAGUUUCUUCCUUUGUUUUCUUAGAUACCCUAAGCCAAACAGGAAAAUAUAUUUUUUGUGGAACUAGAUAAUUAUAAAUUGGAUCCAAAUGUAUUUAAACGAAAGAUUUGAAAUUAAUCAUUUUUAUUUAAAUUAACUCCUUUUUCUCUUCAUAUUUCACGAACAUUCAGAUUCUUUCCCCCCCACAAAAAUAUAUCUAGUUUCUCUUUUUCCCCCGGUAAUUCUAGUUCUUGCUUUUGCUUGUACUCUUAAAAGUUUUGAAGUCAUAUAUUUAAGUAUUUAUGUAAUAACUCUUCAGCCCUUGUAUCUCUCAUUAAAAAAAAAAUGCCUGAGUAAAUGUUUUAGUUUUUAAUAGGUGCACAUCUAUAGUAUGCUUGUUUCUCUAAAAAAAACUUAGGCUAUAUUACCAAGUCUUCUAGAAACAAUACCAUGUAGAGCAGGAUAAAAACUUUAAUACUCUCUUUACCUUUCCUUGUAUUUUGUAAGAGCACAGGUCCUUGUGGAGGAGGGCAACAAUAAGGAAGAGCUGUGAUUGCUUAGUGUCUUGAAAGCACCUGAUGGAACUCUUUGGAAGCUGUUAGGCAGUGGUGCAGGUUGCAGAUCUUUGCUAUUCUGGCUCAGUAGAAUGCUCCAUCAACUAGGAGCUCCUUUGUCAUUCUAUUUACUCAUUGUGGAUAAUAUCUGCAAUGAUGUAGGUACUAAAUAGUAGGUGAGUUCAUACAUCACACACUCCACCUUUGUAAGGAGAAGUAAUAUGCAUGUGUCAUUAUCCAGCAUAGAACCAUAAAACAAAACAGAUUUCAGAAAAGAAAAAACUAAACACUCUCGUCCCUUAUCAACAACCCAGUGCAUUAAACUCCUCUUUGUUCCUCUCUAUACCUUUAAAUAACUUGACCAUCAGCUUACAGCAGAAAGUUUUUCUACCAAAAAAAAAAAAAAAGAAGAAAGUUUUUCUACCAAAUAAUCAUAUGGAAU